AUGUCUUCGUUGUCUAUCAAUGUUGAUCCGGUCGGCCGCUCCGCCGGGAACAGCUCCGAGACACCCCCAAAGACGCCUCGGACCCCAGCCACUGUCACCGGGGCUACUGCAUCCGGUACCCAGGCACAAACCUCUGCUGCCGCAGAUCGCUCUCGACACCUGCCAGAUGGGGUGUAUGUGCCUAUGCUCACCUUCUUCGAGCCGGAGACGGAAGAUCUGGAUCUGGCAUCGAUGCAGAAACAGGCUGCGAGACUGCAGCAGGCAGGUGUUGCUGGCAUCCUGCUGCACGGUUCCAACGGCGAGGCUGCUCAUCUGACGCACGAAGAGCGGAUCCGCAACAUCCAGGCUGUUGUCGAUGCCGUCCGGGCCGACCGCUUCGAGGAUUCUGCCACGCCAUUCCCUAUUCUGGCCGGCUGUGGUGCCCAGUCCGUCCGGGAGACGGUCGAUCUUUGUGUCGAGGCAGCCAGUGCCGGAGCCACCCACGCUCUGGUCCUGCCGCCCGGGUACUAUGCCUCCAUCCUCGGCCGGGAUCAGCUGCGCGAGUUCUUCUUGUCCGUCGCCAGCCAAAGCCCGAUCCCGGUUCUUGUGUACAACUUCCCAGCUGCUGCGAGCGGCAUCGAUCUCGACAGCGACACCAUCUGUGCCUUGGCCGGCGCUCACCCCAACAUUGUGGGUGUGAAGCUGACCUGCGGCAACACGGGCAAGCUGGCGCGUGUCGUGGCGGGCGUGUCUGCUCUGGGCCGGGGUCCGGGCUCGGGGAAUCCGUUCUUCGUGGCCGGCGGCUCCGCCGACUUCAUCUUGCAGGGGGCCGUCGUCGGGGCCAAUGGAUCGAUCUCGGGGCUGGCCAACUUGUCGCCGCGUGCGUGCACAUCGAUUCUGGAUCUCUUCCAUGCAGGCCGGAUCGAGGAGGCUCGCGCACUGCAGGCCAUUGUGGCCCAGGGCGAUUGGUUGGCCAUUCGAUAUGGGUUUGUCGGUGUCAAGCACGGCCUGCAGUCGUUUGGGUCGAUCGGUGGCGCCCCGGCAAGCAGUCUUCCGAGCCCGGUGCCGCGGAAACCCUGCCAGCUGUUGUCAGCAGCAGCACAGGCCGAAUUUGACGCCGGCACAGAAGCGCUGCUGAAGGCAGAACAGGCUCUGGUGAUGAAGGCCCAGUCAUGA